GUUGAAAUCGGACUGAUAUGAAAUUUUCCUCUCACAACUGAAAAUUUGGGCAUUGUGUUGUAUAUUUUGUCGAGUUUUCAUAAUUUAAAAACGCUUUUGCAUUACUUUUUCAGUAUGUAAAUAUAUUUUAUCGAAGUCAAACUUUCGGUGGAAAUCUGUUUCUUCGAUCAGUUACAUUUCAAUCACUUAAUUUAUUAUAAUACUUCGCAGAAACUAUUUGCAUCUUGCGACACUUGCCCGGUGAUAUAAUUUUAAUUAGUUAUUUAACGUGGUUAAUUCGUAGUCAGCAGUAGAAAGCUAUUGUAUAUCGCAGCUUUAUUCAAUACGUAUCAGUAAAUAUUCGUUAUCAAUUAGUUUGCCGUAAUUGAAAUCGACUGUUCGCUUUCAUACUAUUAUGAUUUCUAUCAUAAAGCAACGUAUGGUGAAGAACUAUUGAAAAUUGUAGCUGUAGUGAUGUACUAUGUCAGAACCAAGUAUGGUUUGCAACGGUCAUAAAGAAAACGUCGAUAAAUGCUCCGUUAACGCCGUAAGUGAACUGUAUACCGCUUUUGAAAAAUCCAGUGCAAAUUCAACCGAUAUCGCCGAAAAUCCCGGGUGUAAAACUGACAGCAUGACCAUUGGUACUAUACCAUUUCCGGAUUUUGAUCAUUUAUACGCCAGUAGCGUCGAAGAAACAGCCGCUUCCAAUACCAUGAAUUUAAAUAUAGCUAGAUCCAACUUAAAUUCUUAUCAUUUAAAUAUAAUCGAAGAGCAAGCGAAGAUAAUCGAUGCUCAGAGUCAAGAGAUAUGUAAGCUAAAGAAACAAAACGAAUCGCUAAUAGCUAGAAUAGAAAGAAUGAAUCGAAGAUUAAGUUUGAACCAGUGCAAUAGAAAAAGUCCGUCUCGAGUGACCAAUUGUUCGAGUCAGCAAAAUACCAGUGACAGUGAACCUGCUGAUAAUACCGAAACUACAAAUUGUAGUACUGAAAGUAUUAAGGAAGAGCAACUAGAUGAUACUUUUCCUGACGAUGUUCCAUUGAUAAAACUCGCUUCUUCGACGAGAAAAUCCAGCGAUAACCUGGGUACUCCAUCCAUCAGCGAAGAAAAUGAUGGCUUGGAAGAACCUGUACUAACGCAAGAAGAAAUUGAUCCAAUUGCGGAUGAAGCACCAGAUUCGAAAAUUCUAGUGUUGAGUAAAGGAGGUGAUAGUCAAUCGAAUUUUCGCAUUAAAUUUCGACGUAACAAUCUUUCCCUCAGUAGUGAACAGCGCAGAAAAAGAAGUAAAAUGGUCAGGUUUGCGGAAGAAAAUAAGAAUUGUUUGCAAAGUUUAGAAAUUAAAAGUCCUAAACGCAAUUGCGCCAAAACCGUUGAUGAUCAGCUGAUCACAGACGACGCUGUUUUAUUUCUCAAAUCUCAAUCAGAGCCAGAAGGUGCUGACAAACCGACAGAAGAAACUGCAGAGGAAGGUGAAUCAGGACAAACGAUUAAAAAGAAAAAGUCGUUGAAAAUUCCCAUUUUAGUCACGUCAGAACCUUAUUAUACCACUCUCAGAGAAGAUAUUUGUCAUGAUCCUGUCACCUACACUCCAACAAGCUUAGAGGUCCCAUCAUUUCGUACCAUCGACAAAGACAAUAUUGUCGAACCUCCCGAUGUUCCCAAAGAUUAUUAUGAAGAUGUAAGAAUAGAAGCUGCUAAAGAACGUCAUUUACGUUUCGAAGUAGGAGAACGAAAACGAAAAAAAUGGGAUGUACAAAGAAUUCGCGAAUUGAGACAAAACGAACGUUUAAAAGAAAAAUUACGGAGACGGAAAAGUCGAUGGAAUAAAGUAGAUUCGCCAAAACAACAGAAAACCCAAACUCCUGAACAAAUAACUACCCUGUUUCCUGAUAUUAAAAGUAUUGAAAAAAUUAUCAUUACCGACACCGUCCCUAUAACUGCGUUAGGAACGAGUAUUCCAAGAGUUCCAUCGUGGGGAGCUGAUUUUCGUACUGAUUGGUAUAAUGAUGGAUCCAUUGAUUUAACUACGUACGAAGAUAAUCAGCCCACCACGCACACACAUCAUAAAGAUACCAAAACUAAGCCUGCUUGAUAAAUAUGUUACGUUAGACAAUAGAAUUAAGUUUUUUUUUUUUGCAUUAUGUGUAAGACACCGCAUAAAUUUUGCGAUUUGAGUUGAUCGUAAUGAUGAAUUUGUAUUAUUUUAUUUUUUUAAGUGAAUUUUUCUACGAAUUGAAAAGUAUUUAUGUCCUUUAACGUUAAUAAAUUCGACUAUUUUUUGUAUAA